AUGAAGGAAUUUAGACCUAUAAGCCUCUGCAAUGUGAGUUAUAAAAUCAUAUCAAAAAUCUUAUGCACCAGGCUUAAAAGAUUUCUCCCGAAGUUGAUAUCGGAGACACAAUCAGCCUUUGUGGCUCGUAGACUCAUCACCGAUAAUAUCCUUAUCGCUCAGGAAGCUUUCCAUGCACUAAGGACGAACCCCAUAUGCAAAGCUAAAUUCGUAGCGAUUAAGACGGACAUGAGUAAGGCCUACGAUAGAGUAGAAUGGACAUUCCUAAUAGGCCUCAUGCGAAAAUUGGGUUUUGACGAGAAAUGGAUCUCCUGGAUAACCGCAUGUAUCUCUUCUGUGUCAUACCAAGUGCUAAUCAACGGCGAAGCAAAAGGUCAUAUCAACCCGUCGAGAGGACUACGACAAGGGGAUCCAUUGUCCCCUUUCUUAUUUAUCAUUCUUACGGAAGCUUUAGUAGCUCAACUUCGAGGAGCGGAAGCGGAAGGACGCAUCACAGGGUUAAAAAUAGCACGAAACUGCCCCUCCAUUUCCCAUCUCCUCUUUGCCGACGAUAGUUUAUUCUUCUGUAAAGCUGAUGUCCUGCAAUGUGCAGAGUUAAUUCGUAUCAUCAAAUGUUAUGGGAAAGCAUCAGGCCAGGAACUGAAUGUCUCUAAAUCAUCAGUUUUUUUCGGAAGUAAGGUACCUCCGGAUACACGCAGAUCGCUGAAACUCGCACUAGGAAUCUCCAAAGAAGGUGGUAUGGGAAUGUACCUGGGUUUACCAGAAAAAAUAUGUGGAUCAAAGAAACAAGCAUUUGCGUUUAUUUUAGACCGACUGAGCAAGAGGAUAAAUUCGUGGUCAUCCAAACUUUUGUCAAACGGGGGCAAAGAAGUACUUAUUAAAUCAGUCGCUCAAGCCCUUCCCACAUAUGUGAUGUCUUGCUUCCUUUUACCACAAGAUAUCAUCAAGAAAAUUCAGGGCGCCAUUGCAAAGUUCUGGUGGAGUUCAAAACAAAACGGUCGAGGUUUACACUGGGUAGCAUGGGAUAAGAUAUGCUUACCCUUUGAAAAAGGCGGGCUGGGCUUCCGUGACCUUACGAACUUUAAUCUCGCUUUACUUGCGAAGCAAUUAUGGAGACUAAUACAUUAUCCAUCAUCUCUGUUAGCACGAAUCCUAAAAGAAAGAUACUAUCGGCAUACGAACCCUCUGGUGGUAGGUAAACCAAACUCACCUUCGUUUGGAUGGUCUAGCAUUCUGGCUUCGAGAGACUUACUAAAAACGGGUUUGAGAAAGACGAUUGGAUCGGGUGCAAAUACGUUUGUAUGGAGCGAGGCAUGGAUUCCGACUUGCCCACCGAGACCUCCAAGGAGCAGAAACAGCUACCAAGACCCAAAUCUCUUGUCUCCGGGUAUAUUCCCGUGUACGGUUCUGAAUAGCAACUUUGACUACUUGCUCUGGCGUGCGCAAGAAACAGGAAUAGCAGAAAAAAUCACUAUGAGCUUCCCGUGGAUCCUCUGGUACUUAUGGAAGGCUAGGAAUGAAAAGGUUUUCAAAAACAGAGAGAUACUGCCAACAAACACUCUUCAACUAGCUAAAGCAGAGGCAGAAAUUUGGUCUGUCGCUCAGUUAGUGGAGAAAACCAUGAGUGGAACUAUCGUGCAAUUAAGCCCUGUCCUAAGUGAUGGACCGGACCUUGCAUAG